AUGGAGGCAGAUACGAAGGCCCACGGCGCCCUUGGUCGAGACAGCAAGUAUAUUCCCGGGCCUACUGCACCGGAACCAGCAGAUGUCUCUACCGGAUGGGCUGCAACACCGUGCAACGGGCCCUCCCUCCUGCUCCCUCCACCAACAUGUUUCCACUUCCACCAUGGCACCGCCGGCACCAACAACGCAACCACGCGCCGCGCAUGGUCCGCUGCAGAUACUGCACGCGCAGACAACAGAAAGCAGGCAGACGCCCCGGCGGGAAUCCGUGGGAUACUGUGUAUGCUAUGCACCGUACAUAUGUACCGACUCCGCCGAAGAUUAUUGGAAAAUGGAUCAAACGGCGGCCCUAGGGGAAAACGUGGAGAUGAUGGAUCCCAGGCCCAGCGUCCCAACCGCGGGUACAGUCGUCGUAGUACCGUACCAGCGUAUGUACCAGCCCUCAAGUCCGGACGGAGUACCCGCGCCCUGGGUUCACCAGCGCUCCACGAGCACACUCCAGUGCGCGAUCCAACGCCGCAAGUGCUCCGUGACGACUACGGGACGCAAAUAGAAGUUGAGAUGGGGGGCCGCGAUAACAGCGCCAGGAGGACGAAGAAGGAGAAGAAGCGCGAGCGGUGGUGUUCUGGUGGCAUUUGCAUCGACAGAGACGACCGACGUCCACGAACCGCCAGCUCUGUUCCGAUCGAGGUACCGUACCUAAGGUAG